UAUAAAUACAAGUCAAAUGGACUCGAAAAUUAGUGCCGUUCAACACUUUAACCAAGACACACCGAAACUACGUAGUUCUUUUUUUCAACGACGAGAUGGAUUUCCAAGAAAUAGACUUAUUCGCUCCGACUCCUUCGACGUCCACGGUUCAACCUCCGACAAAACCGACGAAGCAAGCUACGCUGAAGAAACGGCCCAACUCCAAACUGGGGUUUUCUUCGGGGCAGAAACAUCCGCCGCCGACAAAACGCACCAAACCGUUGACGGACGGGCAGGUGAUCGAGUUGGACGAUUCGGCCGACGAGGAACACAACAAACUAUGGAAGAACAUGCAGUCGACGACGUUACUGAAUUUGCCGGUAAAGACGAUCGUCGACUUGGGCGAAUUCACAAAUUUUUCGGGCUUUAUGGAGGUUCUCCUCGAAGACGACGUGCCGCAGCAGAUGUUGAUGCCGUCGAUAGCCGUGGUCAUUAUGAUGGCUGUUCUGGUGGAAAAAAAUCCAAGACCGGGCAUGCCGAAGGCGGAACUGUUGUCGACACUGCUGAAUUUUCAAACGUGGAAAACUCCGACCACGACGUUCAUGACGACCUUGAAGAAGAAAUUUUACGAGAUACCGAUAUGCCGUAUUCCGCAACCGGACCAGUCGACGACGGCGGACCAGGGCAAUUUGUUCGACACUUAUCUCAUUCUGGCGGCCCAGAUAUAUUGGAAGACGACGACCGACUGCUUGGAGAAUACGCCACUCAGCUCCGUAACCGAUAUCUGGGCAGCAAUUUCGCAUACCUCUCGGACAUAUGUGUCCCUGAGGGACGCGCGGAAUUUGCUAGCCUUUAUGCUGAGUUUGCAAUGGGACUCAGACGUUGCGAACAAAGUACCCGUGACCAAUUCCGCAUCGUGUCGGAACACGGGGACCACGUGCACGUCGUCCACGCCUGUUCUUACGCAAACUCAACUUGUCGCUGUGCCUGGAUCCGUGGUAGCGCCGUCUGGAGGUCAAGACGACGAAAUCGAUAUAGACGACGAGUUUUCGUCGCUGACCUCCAAAUUGUCGACUGGAAAAAUAUCCUUGGAUAUUUCACUGCAAAAGGAUACGCAGUCAAAGACUGCCAAGGCCCACGUGAUGAUGGAGGAUUUCGUUUACGAAUUGAAAAUUUACAAGAAAGAAGAGAUCCGCAACCUGGACCGCUCACAGUGGUACACCCGUGUCCACGUCAAGGGAGUGGGCACGACCAAGGCGAACCAUCCGACGAAACGAAAACUGGAUGGUUUGGUGGGCGAUCUAAUGGCGGAUCUCAAAACGAAGAGCAACUUACGUAUGGAAAAGACUUUUUGCUAUGGCCAAAAACACUAGAGCAAUUGCUUCAGUCCUAUCCCUGUUGUCCCCCCGACGCUUUCUUUCACAUCAAAGAAUUCUAUGACAAUCCUAAAUUAAAUUUCCUCGAUGAUUCCUCUAAAAAAGUACGGGUGUCCCUGCGAAAUUGGUGCGCGCGUUAAACAGUUCACCAUGGAAUAUCAGCUAUUUGCACGAUUCCAUAAGGUCGAUUCGGCAGCAAAGAUCGUCUAUAGCCCAUCAGAAUAUAAUUUAAGUGUGUUUUUUUAUAGUUUAUGUCAAAUCAUUUAUAAAGAUAGAAUUCGCCAUAAUAGAUACCAUUAUAGAUCCUUGGAUUGGUGCCUAGGUAGGGCGAACGUCGUUAGUAACACUAGUUUCACCAGCACUGACUUAACUCAGUUUGAGAACCAUCUGGUAGCCUAUUUUCAUAGGAAACUGAAACUCCUCGUUAAGACCAACUAUGAACAGCAAAGGCGGGUAUGCAAAAUGCCAAACUUCAAAUUUCAGUUAACCAAAUGCGUUUAUUAUUUCAAAACACUUAGAUCUAAAUUCAACAUUAACUUAUUGUCUUUACAAUAUUUAUCUACGGUAGCGCGAUAUUUCGCAUUAGUAUUAUACAUAUAUAAAUUUCGAGUGCCUAUAUUCAUCCAACGAUCGCUCACGCUAUCGGGUCGUUCGCGAUAGUACGGCAAGUCUAUAAACACUUUGAUUUCAACCAAAAUUAUAGAUAAACAUAAAUAGUUUUUUAAUAAGUUACCAGAAAGAUUUCAGUAAGAACAAAUUAUUUUCAAUAGUUAUCAAGUAACGCACAAAUUAGUCACGUUGUCAAAUUUUUAAACAUUGUACACGCUUAUGUUUAUGACAGCAUUGUUAGCGUAUAGGCGGCUGUUAAAUAUUUUUAAUAUCAAUGAUGAAUCCCUUCUUUUUUUUUUAAGUAACGAUAUUAAAUCAUAAAAAACUGACUUUUUACUUUUUAGCCAGUUUUUCUCCCAUAAAAAGGUCGAUCAAUCUCUAGGAAAAAAAAAUAUAUAUAUAUAUAUACCGUUUCUUAUUCUUUUAUCAAAAAAAAAAUUUUGCAUUACUACUACUUAAUAAUCAAACCCCAAACUGGUCCAGGUUGGCAUUUUUGGUGUUUAUUUUUAUUAAUUCUAAUUCAAAUUAUCAUUGCCAGGUCUAGGAUUCAUUUCGUAAUAAUAGAUUUCGAAUUUGUAAUCCUAAAUCGAAACGACAUAGCCUUGAUUAGUGGAGCGAUAUAUAACUCAUUAGACAAAUUCAAACUACAAAGACUAACGGGAAAUCCAAUUAUUUUUAAAGAAAAUAGAGCUCAAGAACCAUUCAACACGGAGGACCACUUGGAAAAGGCGAUGAAUCGGUUGGAUAAAUUUUUUUUUAAUGAUCAAAUAAAACUACAGGCUGUUUUUACAGAACUGUACGACAGUCUCUUUUUA